UAAAGAGCUGAGUUGUCUCCAUGGAGAAGCCUCAUGCAGUUUGCAUACCAUACCCAGCUCAAGGCCACAUAAACCCUAUGCUAAAAUUAGCAAAGCUCCUCUGUUUCAGAGGCUUUCAUAUUACUUUCGUCAACACGGAGUUUAACCAUAAGCGCCUGCUCAAGUCCCGUGGCCCCAACUCCCUUGAUGAUCUGCCUUCCUUCCAAUUCAAAACCAUUCCCGAUGGUCUCCCUCCGUCCGAUGAAGACGCCACCCAAGAUAUCCGCUACCUCUGCGCCUCCACCAGAAAAAACUGCUUAGAUCCUUUUCGAGACCUUCUUUCCCAACUUAACCACGACGGGCCUCCUGUCACUUGCAUAGUCUCUGAUGGUGCCAUGAGCUUCACUCUUGAUGCUGCCCAAGAACUGGCCAUUCCUGACGUUCUUUUCUGGACAACUAGUGCUUGUGGCUUCAUGGGCUACUUGCAGUAUCGCAAUCUCAUCGACAAGGGUUUUAUACCCCUUAAAGACCCCAGUUACUUAACAAAUGGGUAUCUGGACACCGUUAUUGAUUGGAUACCUGGUAUGAGAGGUAUUCGUCUGAGGGACAUCCCGAGCUUCAUUCGAACUACAGACCCAAAUGAAAUUAUGCUGGACUUUCCAUUGCAUGAGGCUGAAAGAGCCCGCAAAGCUUCUGCCCUCAUUUUCAAUACGUUUGAUGCUUUGGAGAAGGAUGUUUUGGAUGCACUUUCACCAAUGUUUCCUCCAAUUUACACCAUUGGUCCUUUAAGUCUACUCGUGAAUCAGGUCCAAGAUAAUGAUUUGCAGUUGAUUGGAUCAAAUCUGUGGAAAGAAGAAUGGGGUUUUUUCGAAUGGCUCAACUCCAAAAAACACAACUCUGUUGUUUACGUGAAUUUUGGAAGUGUGACAAGCCUGACAACAGAUCAACUCAAUGAGUUUGCUUGGGGACUGGCAAAUAGCAAUCAAACAUUCUUAUGGAUAAUAAGGCCGGAUAUUGUGUCUGGUGAGUCGGCCAUUCUUCUGCCACAAUUCUUGGCAGAGACCAAAAACAGGGGUCUGCUAGCAAGUUGGUGUCCUCAGGAGGAAGUUCUCAGCAACCCUGCCGUUGGUGGGUUCUUAACUCACAACGGGUGGAAUUCCACUAUGGAAAGUGUGAGCGCAGGAGUGCCCAUGAUUUGCUGGCCAUUUUUCGCAGAGCAGCAAACCAACUGCCGCUACUGUUGCACAGAAUGGGGCAUAGGCAUGGAGAUCGACAGUGACGUUAAGAGAGAUGAAGUUGAGAGGCUUGUGAGAGAAUUGAUUGAGGGAGAGAAAGGCAAAGAGAUGAAAAAGCAGGCCAUGGAGUGGAAGAAGAUGGCACAAAAGGCCACCAUUGAUUCAAAUGGCUCAUCUUACUCCAACUUGGACAAAAUGAUAAAUCAAGUGUUUCUCCAAAUCCCAAGCAUUCCAACAAGUUAAAACUUAGCAUCCGCACGUUCCUUUCCUUGUUUUAUGAUGAACUUUUGUGCACCAUAUUUAAAUGUAGUAUUAGUAAGGUGAAUAAAGUGGAAAUGUAUUUAUGCACUGCUCAUCAUUACACCCACUCAAAUGUAAAUAUUAAAUCCAAUCACAUAUAGUAGAACAUUUGAUUGAAAAUAAUUAAGUCAUAAUAAUA